ACAGCGCAUUGUUCGUGUCUCGACACCGAUGCCUGUCGAACAUCACUUUGCGUUCCAGCUAUUGUAUAUUGAACACUGUGCCACUAUAUGACAGCUCAUUCACCAAUGACGUACUUUAAUACAAACAUAGAGCUAGACGUUUAUUGGUAACUCAUCUGUCAUUUGAGCACGGUGCUCCAUUCACAGUCGAGGUUAAAAUACUUCUAACAACGUAACCACCCACCAUAUUGAAAAAGUAGUUUAUCGGUGAAUGAUGAACAAGACGUUAAAGUAGUGAAUUCGGAUCGUAAAGUUUAAUGUAUUUAAAACAAAAUGUCGGGGAAUUUCGGAAUGCAGCAGUUAAUCCCCAUUGUAAACAAACUACAAGAUGCAUUUGUGCAAAUGGGCGUGCACAUGUCUUUAGAUCUCCCACAAAUUGCAGUUGUGGGUGGCCAGUCCGCUGGAAAGAGUUCAGUGUUAGAAAACUUCGUCGGCAGGGAUUUUCUGCCCCGUGGCUCCGGUAUUGUAACUCGUCGUCCUUUGAUUCUACAGCUCAUACAUGGAAACGCAGAAUAUGCGGAGUUCCUCCACUGCAAGGGCAAGAAGUUCGUGGACUUCAAUGAGGUGCGAGGGGAGAUCGAGGCGGAGACGGACCGCAUCACGGGCUCCAACAAGGGCAUCUCGCCCGUGCCCAUCAACCUCCGCGUCUACUCGCCCAACGUACUUAACCUGACGCUGAUCGACUUGCCCGGGCUGACGAAGGUGCCCAUCGGGGACCAGCCUGCUGACAUCGAAGCCCAGAUCAAGGGGAUGAUCUUCCAGUUCAUCCGGCGGGAGUCCUGCCUGAUCCUCGCCGUCACCCCGGCCAACACCGAUCUCGCUAACAGCGAUGCUCUCAAACUUGCCAAAGAAGUUGACCCACAAGGUCUGCGCACGAUCGGUGUGAUCACGAAGCUGGAUCUGAUGGACGAAGGCACCGACGCUCGCGACGUGCUGGAGAACAAGCUGCUGCCGCUGCGCCGCGGGUACAUCGGCGUCGUCAACCGCUCGCAGAAGGACAUCGACGGCCGCAAGGACAUUGCUGCCGCGCUCGCUGCCGAGAGGAAGUUCUUCCUCAGCCACCCCUCGUACCGGCACAUCGCGGACCGGCUCGGGACCCCGUACCUGCAGCGCGUGCUGAACCAGCAGCUGACCAACCACAUCCGCGACACGCUGCCCGGCCUGCGCGACAAGCUGCAGAAGCAGCUGCUCACGCUGGAGAAGGAUGUCGACCAGUACAAGCACUUCCGCCCCGACGACCCCUCCAUCAAGACCAAGGCCAUGCUGCAGAUGAUACAACAGCUCCAAACCGACUUUGAGCGUACUAUUGAGGGUUCCGGCUCAGCACAAAUCAACACCAAUGAGCUGUCGGGCGGUGCCAAGAUCAACCGGCUCUUCCACGAGAGGUUCCCCUUCGAGAUCGUCAAGAUGGAGUUCGACGAGAAGGAGCUGCGGCGCGAGAUCGCCUUCGCUAUCCGGAAUAUCCACGGUAUCAGGGUGGGGUUGUUCACGCCCGACAUGGCGUUCGAGGCCAUCGUGAAGAAGCAGAUCGGGCGGCUGAAGGAGCCGUGCCUCAAGUGCGUCGACCUCGUCGUGCAGGAGCUCUCCAACGUCGUCCGCAUCUGCACUGAGAGAAUGUCGCGCUACCCGCGCCUGCGCGAGGAGACGGAGCGCAUCAUCAUGUCGCACGUGCGCUCGCGCGAGAACCAGUGCAAGGACCAGCUGGUGCUGCUCAUCGACUGCGAGCUCGCCUACAUGAACACCAACCACGAGGACUUCAUCGGAUUCGCCAAGUCUCACGCUAGAUCUGGUCUGAACGCAGAAAACGUCUCCUCUAGUGCUCAGAACCAAUCGGAGAACUCGGCCAAGUCGGGGCACCGCGCGCUCGGUAACCAGGUUAUCAGGAAAGGUUACAUGUGCAUACACAACCUGGGCAUCAUGAAAGGAGGUUCCCGCGAUUACUGGUUCGUACUCACGUCGGAGAGCAUCUCGUGGUACAAGGACGAGGAGGAGCGCGAGAAGAAGUACAUGCUGCCGCUCGACGGGCUCAAGCUGCGCGACUUGGAGCAGGGCUUCAUGUCGCGCCGCCACAUGUUCGCGCUCUUCAACCCCGAGGGCAGGAAUGUCUACAAGGAUUACAAGCAGCUCGAGUUGUCAUGCGAGACCCAGGACGACGUGGACUCGUGGAAAGCGUCCUUCCUGCGCGCCGGCGUCUACCCCGAGAAGACAUCCGAGGCAGCGAACGGCGACGAGGGUGAAGGAACAGAGAGCUCGGAUACCGGCGGCUCCAGCAGCAUGGACCCGCAGCUCGAGCGGCAGGUGGAGACCAUCCGCAACCUGGUGGACUCGUACAUGCGCAUCGUGACCAAGACGACGCGCGACCUGGUGCCCAAGACGAUCAUGAUGAUGAUCAUCAACAACGCCAAAGAUUUCAUCAACGGGGAGCUGCUGGCGCACUUGUACGCGUCCGGUGAUCAGUCGCAAAUGAUGGAAGAAUCACCCGAGGAAGCGCUGAAACGUGAGGAGAUGCUCCGCAUGUACCACGCGUGCAAGGAGGCGCUGCACAUCAUCGGCGACGUGUCGAUGGCGACCGUGAGCACGCCCGUGCCGCCGCCCGUCAAGAACGACUGGCUCGAGAGCCGGCUCGACUCCAACCCGCGCCUGUCGCCGCCCUCGCCCGGCGGCCCGAGACGCGCCGCGCCUGCUCAGCAAGGCUCGAUGGGACAACGUGGUGCUCCGCCUCCGCCCGGCGCAGGCACAGGCCGACCGGCGCCCCCGCUGCCGUCGCGACCCGGCGGUGCGGCGCCGCCACCACCUGGCGGCCGCCCGCAACCCGGCGGAGGCCUGCCUGCUCCGCUCAUACCGACGCGGCCAGGCGCGGGCGGCGCGGCGGGCGCGAUGCAGGCGGCGGGCGCGGCGAACGCGGCCAUGAACCAUAUGCCGCCGCACAUGCGACAGCAGAUCAACCAGGCCGUGGGCCAGGCCGUCACCAACGCCGCCAUGAACGAGCUCAGCUCCGCCUUCGCCAGAUUCAACCGACCUGUCCCGAACGUGCCGCCGAAGUUGCCCGAGCGACCACAGAACGGACGACCAUUUUGAACUCCUUCGCCGCCAUCUUGUGAUACGCUGCACUGUAAAUAUAUAAUAUCCUAUUUCUCUGUAUAUUGCUUUAAUUCUAUUUAUUUAAGCGUUAUUAUGUCGCGGUCUGUAAGUUAUAAAUUAUAAUUAAAGUUAGCAUAAUUUAGGAUCGUUGAAUUGAAAUUAGUAUUACCUAGGUAUAUGAAAGUCAGAAGGUGUGAUUGUGUCUUAUUAAUUUGCGAGCAUGUGAUACGAUGUUAUCGAAUGACUUAUUAUUAUUCGGGCAACUAAAUAUUAAUUGGGAACUUUCAUUGGGCAUAUAAUAAUAUAAAUUGGCUGUGCAUUAAUAUUUUAGCGCCAAUACAUUUAUAUUAGCCUCAAAUAUAAGCAUCAUAUUACUAAAAAACUGGCAGCAAAAUCAAGCCACCCAAAAUAAUUUUAGGGAACUUGAAGUGAUAGGUUGGCAUCUAAAAUAAUAAGUUGGCAACUAAUAUAAAUCUCCUAAUACCAUUAGGUUUCAAGUUUCAAUAGUUAUCAAUUUUAAAGCUUCAUUUCAUUCAAAUAAUAAUUUGGUACCAAUGCUAUUAGCCUAUCUGCCUAUUAAUAAACAAAAGCUGUCGUUGGCAUUCAAAUACAGCUCAUACUGAUAUAUUUUAAGGGUCUGUUUUUGUUGCUAAUCUAUUAAUUAUAGUACCCAUUUCUAUUUAUUUAAACUAACCAAUUUCGAUUAAUUAGUUGACCGGUUAAAUACGUGCCUUACUGAAUCCAUUAUUAUGAAUUUAACGUGAUGUAAUCAAAUUAGUAGGUAUACUUAAACAUCGCAAGCAAGACUUGUUGAGAAGUGCGGUGUCCUAUGAGUAUAAUAAUCAAUAUUUUUAAUGUGACAAUAAUAAUAGGGCUAUCUAUCCGUUAUAGUUCAUGUAAUCCAGAAUGGUUAUUUUAGUCUAGCGAAGCGCUUAUUUAACUUAGCACUGUGGGUUUCCUUAACUGAUGUGUGUAUUCUACUGUUAUAUAUAAAAGUAUACGCUAGGCGGGUUCUGUGUUCGUAGGCGGUUAACGCUACAAAGCGCAAAACACGUGUUAUCGGCUACGAUCUCGUACUGCGUAGCUUGCGCUGGCAGUGAAUGGGCAGGCAGUAAUUGAAACCUGACCUGUUACUAGUGCUAUUUAUUAAAUUAACAAUCUCGACGAACUCUCGUGCGAUAUUAUUCUAUGUCAGAAAUGCGUGGUAAAAUUUCUAUUGUAGGAAAUUUUGAUUUAAGUAUUUCCUAGUUAUAAUCUUAUAAUUCGAUUGCAAAGUAUUGGUUGUAUGUGUUUAUUGACCAUAGUCUCUAAAAUAAUGCACUAGUUACUGACUUAGUAUCGCAUAACAAUUCAUCACGGAACAUGGCUUUGAUAAACUUAUAGGUACUGUUGAAAUUAUUAAAUAUUCCAUAUUGCGUACAUACAUCUCAUUGCCAUUGUAAUUUAUCAAUAAUAUUAAAUUCAUAUUAGGUACAUAGAGUAUAGAGCACACAUUAAUUUGGUGUCAGCUAUACAUGGGUGUGGACGCUAAAGGUUGUACCAUAACGAAUAUCAAGUGUACGUUAACUAUAGGUAUAGAAAUAUAUAUUACAUGCACGUAUUAUGGUUAACGUGUUUAGCUGCCAGAUCCAUACAAUUUAUCCUUGAAUUGCGUCUAAAAUAUAAUUCAUAAGAACGCUAUCCAACCGGUGACGAAAAAGCGACUAGCGGUCCACUAUUUUCUCUCGCAAGAAAGACAUGUAGCUAAAUCCAGUGUAAUAAACGUAAUGCUUAUUAAUCGGUACGCAAAGUCAGCGGCCUUUUCGUACUGACAGUGACAACUUUUUUAAAGAGAAAAGAUUUUCUCAUGGCUACACGAUUUUCGCUCAUCGUCGGCGGUGGGAUAGCUGCCUCCAGUGGCGGCGCGUCCAUAAAAGCAGAUUCCCACCGGCUUGCCUGUUUUUGGACGUUUGAGCAUAGUUGUAAAGGAAAAUGUAAGCCAAAUUAGUCCCGGCUUGCCUAUAGAUAUGUUUGACGCGCCGCCACUGGCUGCCUCAGGCAGUAAGUAUGUCUUAUAUAGCUACUGUCACUCGGGCAGUAAGCUGUUUUAACAAAGACACGGAAAAUACACAAGAAUUGAAAUGAGCAUUAUAAUAAUAAGUCAAAAGGUACAAGGUAGAUACUUUUUUAAGUAGGUAACUUGCAGAAACAGUGCCAACGAAUUACGAAACUAAUGAGUUAAACCAAUGAUUAUAAUUUAUUAUUGUGUAUUUAUUAGUUAUUAUCGAUGUUUUCAUAUAAGGCCUCCUAAGGCUCACUGUCCUGUCCUAGCUAUAGAUACCUACUUAUUAAGUUCAAUGAAAUUUAAAUCAUUCACAAGUGGAACACAGUUUUAGUUGUUUAGUGUCGUCCAAAUCUCAAUUAAAACUAAAUCAACGUUUCCCAUGCUUUAGGUUCUAAAUUCACGAGCGAAUUUUGUAUUUUUAAUUUGUUGACUGGGCCUUGGGUGGCUAACUAACAGCAAAACACUUAACUGACCAGCUGUGAAUCUUAUGUCAUUACGGUAAGGUUUAGGAACUGUCGGUCGACAGUAUGGACGAUGGGACAUUCCUUGCAACUGAACUUGAACUUUAUGAAAAUUACUGCAAUUAGGUUAUCUUUGGCGCCAAUUGUUUUCUUCUACCGCUAAUUAUAAUUUAAUCGUGAUUUCACUGUGUCAGUAUAGAAAUUUUACGCAAUAAUCCUUUCGUCUGGCAACUUAAUUAAUAGAUAGAAAGUUAAAAUUCCAAUACCUCUAAAAUGAUGUGUCCCAACACUCCCAACUGAAGGGCUAAAGUCGGCGCAACUUAAGAUCACAAAUUUGACAGUUACGAACUGAUCCUUGCAUAUAUGACAAUUAAGGCUAUAUCAGUUAAACGUAGGUCUCAAAUGUGUGAUCUUGGAAUAAAACCACUAUAGGUCUUGUACCGUCAUGUUUCGCGGUGCAAAUGUUUAUUCUAUACCUAAAUGAUAUGAAGUUGUAAAAGUUAAUAAUUUAAUUUCAUGCCUUACAUCAGAGUGCUAAGGAAAAGUUAAUUGGUAGGUACUUUUAAAUAGCAGCUGCACUAAAUGGAUUUAUAUAAUGGUAGUCGUACACUGGCAGGUAUAUAAUAUUGUGUGUCAGAGGUAACAUAAUAAAACACUAUCAAUACUACCAUGUUGUCGCUCUCAUAUGUUGUUACUCGUAUAUAGCGUUUUAUAACAGCCAGUAUAGGAGCACCGUAAGUGUAUACUACGAGUAUACAAAAGAUAUGAGACUGUUAUAACCACAUCUAGUGUAACUGCUAUUUUUAUACUUUUGUAGCUGAUUUCAUAAGAACUAGUCCUAGUCCUGCGGAAAAUGAUAAGCCGUUUUUAGGGGCUAGCUCUCCGUCUGUAAUAUCUUCUAACUGUGGGUGGGUUAUACAAGCUAUGUUUCUUCAUUUAGUUUUAAGAAUAUACAUAAUGAACCUUUUAAAAUCAGUUUAACUAGUUUAACUUGGGCGUUUAAGGCAAUGGAACGUUAAACGCGUAAGGUAUAAGCUAGUUUAAAAUAAAUGUAGAAGCAUCAGCUCCCCGAGGCACUUAAGGAUUAUGUUCGGAGGUAGGCAGCAUUUAGUGGCAUUGCUUUCCCGGCCCGUGAACAAUGACGAUACAUCACACGCAAAGAGAUUUGAAGGCUAGUCAACAUUUUUUUAUACCAUUUCUUGGAAUAAUUUUAUACUUUUAAUUUAUUAGGUUAUUACUGCCACUUAUAAAAACUGUAUUAACCUUUUGGACGUCAGAUCGCCUAUUGUCCGUCGCCCAAAAGUCAUUUAAUUUAACCUGCCAUUUCAAUGGAUAUUGUAUAAAAAUGUGACCUUUUUGACACUAUUUUAGAAAUAACAAGAAUGAUAAGAAUAUUUCUCGUAGGUAGUAUACUAUGAUGUAGAUACAUAAAUAAUUAAAUACCUGUUCAAAUUGGAGAACUUAUUUAUAGUCCAUCUAACUCUCCGAUGACUAUAAACGAUAUAUUUUCGUGACACUCCACACUUUCGCACCGAAUAGUCUGUGCAGUUGUGAGAAGUUUAUGUAUUAUGUACCUAAUUUUGAUUUCAAACCAAUGGUUCAGUAUUGUAUAAUUAAUAUAAAACCUUAUACAACUAUAAUUUGACCACAGAAGCUUAGCAAUAUCGAUUACCUACUUAUAUCACACAUAUACACUUAUAUUAGUAAUGUUAGCUUUUAUUUUUGCUCAUCUUUUAGGUACUUUUGACACUGAUAAAUUGAGUUGUAUAUAAGCCUCGUGUUCGUCCCUGCUGAUCAUAAGUUUAUCUUAAAUACAUUCCCUAAAUGUGCAUUGUUCACGCGCCAGGAAAUAUAUUUUGUAUAUAAUUAUUAUGUAAAUUAAUGUAACAUGGACUUGUUUAUAUUUCGUGUACUGUUGUACGCAAUUGUAAUAAAUGUGUAUAAUAAAUAAU